AUGUCUAUGUGCGACGACACUCUGCUCUGCAACUACUCGAAGUGUCGGGUGAAGCUGUGUGGGUUCGCCUGGGUCACAGCCUGCUCACACGCCUUCUGUGACCAACAUGGAUCCGGAGAGUUCAGCCGCUCCCCGGCAAUAUGCCCGGCCUGCUCCUCUGCACUCUCGGGGAAGCUGGACAUCGUGCGCACUGAGCUGUCGCCUUCUGAGGAGUACAAGGCCAUGGUGCUGGCGGGACUGAGGCCAGAGACGGUGCUGGACAUAAGCGCCCGUGCCCUGGCUUUCUGGACCUACCAGGUCUGUCAGUGUGUUGCCUAUGACAUUCACAGUAUUGAAUUACACCAUUGUUUAUAUCAGGCCUGGUCCAGGAGACCCUCCGGGUGUGCGGGCUUUUGUUCCAGCCUGGUACUAACACACCUGAUUCUACUGCUCAAACCAAGCCUGCACACCCUGUGGGUCCCCAGGACAAGGGAUGAAGGACACAAUUCAAGAAAUGUGAGUGUCAAAUCUAUGUUAUACCAUCCCCUUCUCACAGUGUGUGUGCGUGUGUCCGACAUGCAUGUGUGUGUGUGUUGCAGGUGCACCAGGAGCAUAUGUUCCAGGAGUAUAGUCUGUCCCGGGCCGAGGGUCAGGUGAAACAGAUGGAGAAGGUGCUAACCCAGCAGAACCAGAGCAGAGAGCUGGAGCUCAACGCCAUGAGAGGGGAGGUCUCCUCACUGAAGAAGGUACCACCUUUACGUCACAUCAGACCCUGGAGUGGGCAAGCUUAGUCUCCCUUUGGGUGCAGGCUUUUGCUCCAUUUGUACACUAACACCUGAUUCAACUCAUCACAAUUAGUGCUGCUCGACUAGGAACAAAUGCCUUGCACCCAGCCACCCACUGUGGCCCUUCACCACCCGAAAUGAAUGCUCAGCUCUAACCAUAACCCAAAUCACUUUUAUUUAGCCUUCUUAUAUACACUCUACCUCGUUAUCACUCUCCAUCUCCUUGGUAUCCCUCUCAUGUCUCUUUCAGGUGAUGGAGGAGUACAAGAGGAAGUACAGUGAAGUGUCAGAGCGUCUGAUGGAGAGGAACAGGCAGUACCAGAAGCUACAGGGGCUCUAUGACUCGCUGAGGCUACGCAACAUGGUGGUGGGGGACAGAGAGGCACCACGCCAGCCAGGACCCCCCGACUUCAACACAGGUUAGAGAGUGGGAGUAGGAAGAAAGAGUGAGAAACAUGGGGAGAUGGGUCUGAAUCCUGAUUAGAGACACAUCUUGGAGUUCUGUCUGUGUAUGUCAUUAGGGAAUUUGCCUGAAAGUUUGAGUUCAGCCUGCUUGUCUUAACUCAGGACUUGCCUCUUAAACAAAAGGUAUAAAAGAGGCAUAGAGAAUACCAGUUCUGGAGAUUCAACCUCCUACCUGUUUCCCAGGGGUGGUCAGGCAGCCCUCUCCCCGGGGGAGUCCUCACUUCCUGUGCAUGGGGCCUGAGGGUGACAGCCGCCUUUUCUCCUCCCUGGAGCCCGAUGCUGGAGCCAAGACCUUCUUCCAGUUCAGCUCACCUGCCAGAGACAGGGGCCGGGCCUUACUCAAGAAAUACUGA